AUGUUUUUUAUAUGGAAGAAAUUAAGGAUGGAAUUAGGAGAGAUACGAUGUUUUCAGCAUUGUGACCGUAAACAGAACAUUCUUUGUUUUAUAGUUCCAAUAAUCUGCCCCCUGUGUGGGCAGGAUUUGACUCAGUCAAGAUUAAGGAUCCCUCCGUACAUUAUUGAGUCUCCAUUUACUGAGGCUGAUAUUACACAGUGCAGUCUGGUGAUUAAACCUACUAUAGGGCAUUUUCUGUACGACUUUUCCAAUAACUCAAACCUCCAUAUUGGAUUGACAGAUUCAAGUGGAAAUGUGUACGAGUUUGAUGAGCGGGGUGUUACUGUAGGUGAUAAAACCUGGACACAUUGUCUUAGUAUUAAAAUACUUGAUGAACAUGAACAACUUGAAAACAAAUGGGACCACAGUCUUGAACAAUUUGCUAAUGAAAAACUUUGGAAGAAAGAGUGUUAUGACGAGAACUCACAGAAUUGUUUCGAUUUUGUUUUACAUUUUUUACAAUGUUUUGAAUUAGAUAGGCAAUAUUCUUGUCUUGUUGAUAAGUCUGUAUUCUGUGAGAAGAUGAUACUACCUGCAACACGUAGAGCAGGAAAAUAUAUAACUCUGUAUAAACAGAUAGAGGAAUCUCAGGUUGUAAUUCAGAAUGCAGGACAGUAAGGAAAAACUCCGUUGAUAUCAGAAAUAACAUGAAGCAAAUGAUGCUUGACACUUGAUGUUGUUAGCUGAGGUUCAGUCUCUAAUUUAACAAAAUGUAGACAAACUGUCACAUAUGUAAGACAGGUUGCUAUUUCAUAUAUGUAUGACAUAUUGUGUGCAUAUAAAAUUGUUAUACAUAACAAGUAUCAGCUGAAAUUUUCAGAUAACUUAAAAUCGCAUGCUGUAAGUAAAUGUACAUGUUAAAACUCGCAUAUUUGCUUACACUAGCCAAUAGACUGAUAAUAAAAAAUUGUCACAAAAGUUUA